UAGGGCAAUCACAAAGCUAUUACUUACUUUUCAAACUGAAGUAGGUUGAUAAAGGUACAAGUAUAACUGACUAAUUUUCGAGUUUAUACUGGACAGAGUCAAAAUUUACUUGCAGAACCUGAUUCAGCUUGGCAGUGACUAAAAAGAAGUCAAGACGUUGACGGAUCAAGUCAUCAAGUUUAAUAUAUCUUUUUUGCCAAACAGUGGGACAAGUUUUGAUUAUUACCAGAAAAGGACACGCCAACAUGGGUGCCAAUUUUGUAUUCACAAGUCAACACGAAUAGCUACUUGUGCAAUUAACUAUACUUAAAACUAAUGUGAGACGGCUAACUUGAUAGUUAUUGUCCAUCUUCUACGGAGCUUUAUGAUUUCCAGGCAGAUCAAUUUGGCAGACAAGUUUUCUUUUGUUCACAUGCAGGUAAUAAUCUAAUACCAUAUAUAAUAAUGUCAAAUGAAUCGGGGAAGUAUAUAUAUUCAAGGCUGAAGAAGCUGUCAUUAAGAUACAGCAGUUGACUAUGUCUUCAAAGAUUAGUUUGUUCUUCUGUUUGUUCUUCAUUCUUCACCUGUUGGCUGCCGAUAGUGUAACAGGGCAUAAGAUAGGAAUUUAUGAGAUCAAAAAAGGAGAUUUCUCUGUUAAGGUCACUAAUUAUGGUGCCACAAUCAUCUCCGUUCUUCUUCCUGAUAAGAAUGGAAAAAUAGGUGAUGUUGUUCUUGGAUAUGAUACCAUCAAAGAAUACAAGAAUGAUACGAGUUAUUUUGGAGCCGCCCUAGGAAGGGUUGCUAACCGCAUUGGUGGUGCUCAAUUUACUUUGAAUGGAACCCAUUAUAAGCUUGUUGCCAAUGAAGGCGUAAACAUGCUACAUGGUGGCCUUAAAGGAUUUAGCAAGGUUGUCUGGAAAGUAAGCAAGUAUGUGCAAGAUGGUCCCAGUCCUUACAUAACUCUAACCUACCACAGUGCUGAUGGGGAAGAAGGUUUUCCUGGUGAUGUUGUUGUCUCUGUUACCUAUGCAUUGAAAGAUCAUUACAAACUUAGUGUGGUAUUUAAGGCAAAAGCUUUGAACAAGGCUACUCCAAUUAACCUGUCUCACCACCCUUACUGGAACAUUGGUGGUCACAACAGUGGUGACGUCUUGUCCCAGGUUGUUCAAAUCUUUGCAUCACACAUCACACCGUUAGAUACACAGCAUAUUCCCACAGGCAUCAUUUCUCCUGUCAAGAACACACCCUACGACUUCCUGAAACCCCGUAAGGUGGGUAGCAGGAUCGACAAAAUACAAAAUGGAUAUGAUAUCAACUAUGCACUUGACAGCACUGAAAAAAUGAAGCAUGUGGCAAUAGUUUAUGAUAAGAAAUCAGGGCGAGUGAUGGAUAUAAAAGCGACUGCACCUGGUGUGCAAUUCUACACUGCAAACUUUGUCAUUAAUACAAAAGGCAAAGGUGGAUAUGUGUAUCAACCUCAUUCAGCCUUGUGUUUAGAGACUCAAGGGUUCCCGGAUGCUGUGAAUCACCCGAAUUUCCCAUCAACAAUUGUUACUCCUGGAAAGUCCUACGUCCACUCCGUGUUGUAUACGUUCUCCAUCAAGAAAUACUAGAAUGCCUAUAGUUAUUUCUUUGAAGGACCACUUGUGCUUUUUUGUAUUCCUCUUAAUUUGUAUCCUCUAUUUAAAUUGAUACAAGUGUAUCAAGGAUAUAUUUUGUUCUCUGUGACAAAUAAAACACCUGACAUUCAGGUACAGUAUAAUUUUAUCUUGUUCUAACUUAAA